AUGAAAGUAUUACUCGAUCCUAAGAAUUAUUUCCUCGGACAGUUGAAACAGUUACUCCAACAGUGUCUCGGUCGAUUACAAUUGUCAGAAGUGCAACCGCCAGAAUAUCGUUCAAAACUCUAUUUCGUCGAAACCAUGACAUUCAAAUUAGAAAAUAACGUUGUUGAAUCUUUGAAUUCUGCACACAAUGCUCUACUUUGUCAUCCGUAUGACGACACGAUGGAAAGUCUUAUUCUGUUUGUUGAUCAUUCAAAUUUUCAUUCAACACUACAACGGUCACUUUUGAAUGAUAUUAAACAACGUCCAUUGUCCCUGGUUGAUAUCACACCGCCAACAAAGUUAAUGAAUUUAAAUUUUUUGAAAAGGACAGAACGUUUAAUUAUGUUAAAGAAAUAUGAACGUUCAAUUUUAAGACGAAUGGCUGAGAGUGAUCCUGUUCAAGCAGCAUACUCUUAUAUUGAUUUAAUUUUGGCAGUAUCUGGAAGUUACUCUCUCUUUGCUACAAAUUUAAUUAUAUGUUUAUAUUUCUUUAAAACAAUGAAUAAUCCUAAAGCAACGACGGGUGAAUUGUACGCUUAUCGUUCUAUUGUCUAUGAGAUAUCAUUCGAAACCUUUCUUGUCACACGACAUCAUGUAUCGUUAUACAUUCAAAUGUAUCUCUAUAAACUACUAUAUACAGUGAUUGUACGCUCAUCUGAAUUGUUUGCUAAACGAAUUACCACCUUGUCGGUUCAGAAACGUAGAACUGGAAGUGAACCACUCAUGAAUGGCGAUCACGAAAGACUACUAGAUGAAUUAUUGAAAAACAUAGUUCAUUUGUCCAAAGUUACUCCCUUUACACACGCACCACCAACAGCACUGGUUCAUGAUACGAUCUAUCUACAGUGUGCUGGUAACGAAUUCCUUUCAAAAUAUUUAAAAUUAAUGUCUCCACGUUCUACAAUGUAUCGAUACUACUUUUUCGAAGCUAUUUGGAAAGGUUGGAUUGAUGAUGAAAAUUUCAAUCAGGAACGUAAAAAUUGUAUGGGAGAUUUUUUAGAUGAUCAUGGUUGGUACACGGAAGAUGUAGAAGAUUUACUUUGCUGGUCAUUGGUACCACGCACAGAUGAUGGAUGGUUCUUGAAUACAAAACAUCAAUUACAAUUACAAAAGCCAGCCUAUUCACAAGUUAUCGAUGUAACACUGAACAAUGAUACAGGCGAGAUUGAAUUUUAG